CAAUGCCCUCAGCUAAAAGCAGAAAGAAAAGCUCCCUCCCGUUUCCCGUCGGACCUUAAUGAGUGUGACAGCCAGCGGAAGUAAACAAGGCUGCUGGCCGUAGCGUUAGCUGCAUGCUGCUGUUGAAUGAGCUGGAAGACGGUAUUGUAGUCGUAGAGCAGAUGAUUCUUUCAGCUGGAACUAAGCAACAAUGUCUUCAGUUGAGUGUUUGAGAGAGUUUGUCACCGAGCGACUAACUGCUGCUGCUGAACAAAUAUUCCGAGUUGUUGAAAAAACUAUCGUCGAGUACGAGGAAGAGAUCGCUCGGCAGCGCAGACUGUUGGAUGGCGUUUGGAGACCAGAAAUCAGGUUACACAGGAUAGAGCUCCCACAGCAACAUGUCUGUAAGGAGGAGGAGGUUCUCUCUGACCAGCAGCUCUGUAUUCAGGAGAGGAACUCCAGUCUGGACCAAGAGGACCCAGAGCCUCCACAGAUUAAAGAGGACCAGGAGGAACUGUGCACCAGUCAGGAGGGAGAGCAGCUUGUACUGAAGCAGGAGACUGAUACCUUUAUGUUGACUCCUACUUAUGAGGAAAGGGACCACAGUAAAGGUCAGACUCUGAACUUCAAUCCUGAUGAUGACACUCUCAGUGCAGCAGAGAAAGAGUCUGUAGCCAACAUGCCAGUUAUAACCUCUGUGGUAUCAGAAGCAAACAGUGACCACCAGCUCAUCUCUCCCAACUCUCAUGAAGCUGAGAGCCAAGAUCAGAAAGGAGGCAAGCAUGGAGACUCGGGAUCAACUAGAAAUACAGAGCCAGAACCAAAGAAGAGACGACGCAAGAGCAGAGGUCACAGCAACCAUUUGAACAAAACUACCGUGUCAGGGAUUCACUGUAAUACUCAAACAGCUGACACAUGUGGGAAAAACGUAAUGUAUGAUUCAGCAUUUCAGAGACACCUGAGAGUCCACGUAGCUAAGAAGCCAUAUUACUGCAAAUCAUGUGGAAAAGAUUUCGUAAGUAAAACUCACCUGAAAAUCCACAUGAAAACUCACACAGGUCAUAAGCCGCACAUUUGCAAAACCUGUGGGAAAUUAUUAUGUAGUCGCUCAACACUAAAAAGGCAUUUGAGAAUCCACACAGGUGAGAAGCCAUAUUCUUGCAAAACAUGUGGGAAAGAUUUCAAACGUAAUGAGGGCCUAAGAGACCAUGUGAGAACCCACACAGGUGAGAAGCCAUAUUUAUGCAAAACAUGUGGAAAAAAUUUCCGACAAAAUAGUGCGUUGUUGGUCCACGUGAGAAUCCACACCGGUGAGAAGCCGUACAUUUGCAAGAUCUGUGAGAAAGGAUUUUUUGAUGUUUCAACAUUAAAAAGGCAUAUGAGAACCCAUACACGUGAGAAGCCCUAUACUUGUAAAACGUGUGGAAAAGAUUUCAGACAAAGUAGUGCCUUGUUGGUCCACGUAAGAACACACACCGGUGAGAAGCCUUAUGUAUGCAAGACAUGUGGAAAAGACUUUAAACAAAGCUGUGCCUUGUUGGUCCACAUUAGAACCCACACCGGUGAGAAGCCAUAUUCUUGCAAAAGAUGUGGAAAAGAUUUUGGACAAAAUAGUGGCUUGUUGGUGCACAUGAGAACUCACACAGGUGAGAAGCCGUUCAUUUGCAAAAUCUGCAGGGUUAGCUUCUGUGAUGCUUCAGGUUUAAUAAAGCAUAUGCGAACCCACAGAGGAUAAAAUCUAAGCCCAAAUGCUUAUGUUAUCAAUAGUUAGCUCGUUCUGGUUUUCUAACUGCAUGGCGAGUUAUAGGAGCUUAGCUGGGAGCUUAAUGGAGACAGCUAAAGUUAAUGUUAGCUGCCCUACAGCUGUCAGUUAG